AUCGUAACGUACCUCACAACAAUAGUAUGAGUAGUGCAGCAUUGACAGCAGCAUCUUUACAACCCGAGCUUUGGACUAGUUCAUCUAGUGAAGCAUUGAAAUUAUUUGUAACCAACGCGGAAGGUGCAGUAAAUUUCCAACCAGAAUUUACCUAUCCUAUCUUUGGAGAUUCGGAAACAAUCUAUGGAUAUAAGGAUUUAGUAAUCUUUUUAUGUUUUGAUCAUUAUACAUUUUAUCCAUUUUUGAAUAUUAAGUAUGCGGAAAAAUUAGAUGAUCCUGAAAUUAUUGAUAUAAAAAAAACUAUAGAUAAAUUUUUACCUGAGUCUACUAUAUUCAAAGAUGAAGUUAAAUGGGUGGAUUCUAUAAAUGAAGAAAAGAAAGAUUACAAGAUUCCUGGAGAGUAUGUUGAAACAUUCGAAAAAGAAGUCGAAGGUGAAUUGAAUACUUUUGAUAUUUACAAAAUUAAUUUAAAAGAUGAAGCAGGACUUGAGUUACAUAAGAGAUUACAAAUACUAGUCUUAUUAUUUAUCGAAGCAGGGUCUUAUAUUGAUGCUAAGGAUGAAUUAUGGGAUGUUUAUGUUCUUUAUAAUACUACCGAUGAUGAGCCUUCUAUUGUGGGAUUCACUACUGUUUAUAACUAUUGGAAAUAUCCUGGAUUUGAAAAGUUUGACAAAGGAGGUAUCGAAACCAGAUUAAAGAUUUCUCAAUUCAUAAUAUUACCAACUUAUCAAGGUCAAAGAUUAGGAGGUGAAUUCUAUUCUAGAUUAUUUAAUAAUUGGUAUAAUAAUUCUAAUGUUAUUGAAAUAGUAGUAGAAGAUCCUAAUGAAAGUUUUGAUGAUUUAAGAGAUCGUUCAGAUUUUAUACGAUUACAUGAAAAUUUGAAAUUUGAUGAAGUAUCAAGUAAAAUUGAUUCUAAGUGGAUUAGAGAGACUCAGAGAAAACUAAAAUUAGAAAAGAGACAAUUUUCUAGAUUAUUAGAAUUAGUUUUAUUAUACAAAUUAAAGUAUAAGCUUGGAACGGAUACCAAAAAAGAUGUGAGGUUGUUUAUUAAGAAGAGAUUAUAUGACAAGAAUAAAGAAGGGUUAGAAGCCUUAGAUGAGAAUAAUAGAAAGGAUAAAUUACAAACAGCUUACGAAUCGUUAGAACAAGAUUAUUACAGAAUCUUAGGAGAUAUUAAAUUUGCAACUAAAAGAGGGCAUGAAGAUUAAUAGUGUCUUUUAUAGCGGUAUAUAAAAUUUUGAAUAAACGUGUAUUAUAGGAA